AUGCAGAUCACCAACAUCUUCCUCUCUGCCCUGGCUGCUGCCGCCGUCUCCGCUUCCCCCGUUGAGAAGCGUGACUCCAAGUCCAUGAUGGCCGCCGUUCCCGAGUGGACCAUUGAGAAGUUCACUCGCUCCUGCAACGCCGAGGACACCUCUUGCAACUACAGCUUCUCCAUCAACACCCACACGGCGGACGCCACUGCCUGCGCCUUCACCACCACCGGUUCUCCCGCCAGCAGAGCUGCCUCCAACGCCAAGUGCGGCGCCUACACCGUUACCUCUGGCUGGAGCGGCCAAUUCGGCCCCGAUGCCGGUUUCACCACCUUCUCGAUCACCGACCAGAAGCUCAUCGUCUGGCCCGCCUACACCGACAAGCAGCUUGUCAACGGCCAGGCUGUCAACCCCGACCAGAGCUACGCUCCCCAGAACCUCCCUUAA